CAUAGCUGUAAUUCACAUUGUCUCCAUAAGGAUGUGUUGUUGACCGGUUCUCCAAAUGGAGAGCCCAGGAAUCUACGAGUAUUGCAGUCUCAACUGAGGAGGACUGAAGGAUUUCGGCAGACGCUCCCGAGUAAGGCGCCGCGAAAUGCAAGAAGAGUUCAGUUAGUUUGAUUUUGCCGGCAUUUUAAGACUGAUUCUCCAAGAUAGCUCUGUCAAGUUCAUCGCCUCAAAUGGGAGUCUUCCGCGCGUCCACAAUUCUACAAUGAGAGCAAGUAGUCUCGCGGCACAUUUUAGGAGAAUGCUGCAUGGAUGCAUUAGCAGGCGUGUCGGUCACAGAAGCAGUCAUCGGCGCUGCGGUGGGUUUCAGUACAAAUGGGUUACCUUGCAACAUCGAUUUUGAGUUUCCGAGCUGCAGCUAUGUGGAGUAAUGAUGUUGUAAGUACGCCUGCUGCUUUCCCCCGUGCGUUUGUGCAGCCACACUUAAUGCAGUUCUUAUACUUUGCUGUGCACAGCUCUUAUUCCGAAACACAUAUGAUUUCAUUUUCUACGCUGCAGGUCUUUGUUUGGACAAUAUGCCAUCUUCUCGGUCUAAGUCUCGCUCUGUUGAAACUGAAGUCCGUUUGUCCCGUAUAGAAAUCAGCUUAUUUUUCCUUAUUCCUCUCGGAGUGUGCGCUGCUAAUUUUAUUUAAACCGACAACGGCCAUCGGGAAUUUGCGUUAUCGCUUUGAUGGGACUUUAAGAAAAAUCAAAAGAAUUGGUGGAAAAUGCAGCACGUUUAUUUUCACUUUUAAUCGGGCUUACUGCAUUUUAUGCCCACUGUAGACCAACUUUGCAUACUUUCAUACUUCGUUAGUUCCUGGCGCAAGAACAGCUACCGAACACAAGGAGAAUAAACUGGAUCUCAAAGUGGCAAUCUGCGGAGAUGCAACGAUCCACAAAAUUACCCUGGGUGUCGCGAACCACGAUAUGAAAAGCUUUCCAACAUGCCAGCGAGCAAAUGCAUUUCGUGAUGUCCAAGGGGAUGGAGUUUCCGAAAAUGGGACGCUUCGGAUUUCUUGCGGUGGUGGUUCUGGAUCUGCUAAUGUUCCACUUGGAUCUAAUCGGAGGGCAGCUGGGUUACCCGACCCUUAACAUCGCCAUCAUUAUGGGCAGAAGCCCCGACAGCACGGGCUUCAGGGAUAUAUGGAUAAAGGAAGAUGCCCCCGACUUUCCCGUUGAUGUCAACGUGGUGACCGUGGCGGUGAACCAGACCGAUCCGAAGAGUAUCAUCACCCACGUGUGUGAUCUGAUGUCAGGCACCAAGAUCCACGGCGUGGUGUUUGGCGAUGACACGGACCAGGAGGCUAUCGCUCAGAUUUUGGAUUUUAUUUCCUCCCAGACUUUUAUCCCUAUCCUGGGAAUUCACGGCGGAUCUUCCAUGAUCAUGGCAGAUAAAGAUCAAAAGUCAACAUUUUUCCAGUUCGGGGCUUCCAUACAACAGCAGGUUGGAGUGAUGUUAAAUAUCAUGGAGGAAUAUGACUGGCACGAGUUCUCCGUUGUAACCAGCACCUUCCCUGGAUAUCAUGAAUUUAUUAGUGUAUUAAAAACCACAGUUGAAAAUAGCUUUGUGGGCUGGGAGCUUCUCGCCACUAUCACGUUAGAUGCUGUUGACGGAGAUUCAAAGGCUCAAGUUCAGUUGAAGAGAAUACAAUCAUCAGUUAUUCUGCUGUACUGUUCGAAAGACGAAGCUGUUUUCAUACUGGAGGAGGCCCGUUCUCUAGGCCUCACGGGCUUUGGUUUCACCUGGCUUGUGCCCAGCUUGGUUACGGGUAACACAGACAUCAUACCUGAGGAAUUUCCAGCCGGGCUGAUAUCUGUGUCAUACGACGAAUGGGACUACAGCCUGACAGAAAGGGUGACGGACGCUGUUGGCAUCAUCACAACAGCUGCUUCCGCCAUGAUGGAGCAAUAUGGAUACAUUCCUGAGGCGAAGACAAGUUGCUACGGCCAGUUGGAACAGAAGGUCCUUCCAUUUCUUUCCCUGCACAAGUUUAUGAUGAACGUAUCCUGGAAUGGCAGAGAUCUCUCCUUCACUCGGGAUGGGUAUCAGUCCAACCCAAAGCUAGUGGUGAUAGUAUUGAACAAAGAGCGUACCUGGGAAAAGGUCGGAAAAUGGGAAAACCAUAGCCUGGCCCUGAAAUAUCCUGUGUGGCCAAGGUUUAAUUCCUUCGCAGAUGCUGAGGCGGACGACAGCCACCUGAGUGUCGUGACAUUAGAGGAAACCCCCUUCGUUAUUGUGGAAGAUGUGGACAAGUUAACUGGGACGUGUGCAAGAAGCAAUGUCCCAUGCAGGAAAAAUAUCAAGGCUUACAACUCCACUGGCAAGGGGCACUAUGUGAAGAAAUGCUGCAAAGGGUUUUGCAUUGAUAUUCUGAAGAAACUUGCAAAGACUGUGAAAUUCACAUACGACUUGUACCUGGUGUCAAAUGGGAAGCAUGGGAAAAAAAUCAAUGGUGUUUGGAAUGGAAUGGUUGGUGAUGUGAUGUAUCAUCGAGCAGAGAUGGCUGUUGGCUCGCUGACUAUUAAUGAAGAAAGAUCGGAAGUUGUGGACUUCUCAGUGCCCUUUGUAGAAACAGGAAUCAGUGUUAUGGUGUCUCGGAGCAAUGGCACAGUUUCACCCUCUGCAUUUUUAGAACCCUUCAGUGCUGCUGUGUGGGUCAUGAUGUUCGUAACACUCCUUAUCGUGUCUGCCAUAGCAGUGUUCGCUUUUGAGUACUUCAGCCCUGUUGGGUACAACAGAAAUUUAGCAAAAGGAAGAGCUCCACAUGGCCCCUCCUUUACAAUAGGCAAAGCAAUAUGGCUUCUUUGGGGCCUUGUUUUCAACAACUCUGUGCCGGUCGAGAAUCCAAGGGGAACUACGAGUAAAAUAAUUGUCUCCGUAUGGGCCUUCUUUGCUGUAAUAUUCCUCGCAAGUUACACUGCCAACUUGGCUGCCUUCAUGAUUCAGGAAGAGUUUGUUGACCAAGUGACUGGGCUUAGUGACAAAAAGUUUCAGCGGCCUUAUGACCAUUCACCACCAUUUCGAUUUGGGACCGUUCCGAACGGAAGCACGGAGAGAAACAUAAGAAAUAAUUAUCCAGAUAUGCAUGCUUACAUGUCCAAGUACAACCAAAAAGGAGUGCAGGAUGCCCUGGUUAGCCUGAAGAGUGGAAAGUUGGAUGCUUUCAUAUAUGACGCAGCAGUGCUGAAUUACAUGGCUGGAAGAGAUGAAGGAUGCAAGCUUGUAACAAUUGGCAGUGGAUACGUCUUCUCAACCACUGGCUAUGGGAUAGCUUUGCAGAAAAGCUCACCUUGGAAGCGUCAGAUUGAUUUAGCUCUCCUCCAAUUUGUUGGUGACGGUGAAAUGGAAGAGCUGGAGAGUUUGUGGCUGACUGGAAUCUGCCACAAUGAGAAGAACGAAGUAAUGAGCAGCCAAUUGGAUGUUGACAAUAUGGCGGGUGUGUUUUACAUGCUGGCCGCAGCCAUGGCAUUGAGCCUGAUCACCUUUGUGUGGGAGCAUUGGUUUUACUGGAGCCUGAGACACUGCUUCAUGGGAACCUGUACUGGAAAACCAGGACUCCUCUUCUCAAUCAGCAGGGGAAUCUGGAGCUGUAUACAUGGUGUGCCCAAUGAGGAAAAGAAGAAGUCUCCAAACCUGGAUUUAAACAGCCCUCAAACAAACAUUCUGAGGCUGUUUAACACAGCAAAGCCAAUGGCCAAUAUAUCAAACCUUAAUGCUUCAAGAGCAAACUCUCCUAAAAGAACUUCCAAUUUCAUUCAGAGAGGGUCUUUGCUCCUUGACGUGGUUGACCAAAAGGGGAAUUUCUUGUAUUCUGACAACAGGCCCUAUCAACCCAAGGAGACAGGCUUCAACGACAACACCAGUGAAAUGUUAGCCCUCAAUGUAAGCCGACAGAAAGACAACCGAAACAAUUAUAUCCUCCAAGGGCAGCACCCAUUGACUCUAAACGAAGCAAAUCCAAACACCGUGGAGGUUACCGUGAGCUCGGAAACUCCAAAACUUAACUCCAGGCCUAGGCAGUUGUGGAAAAAGUCCGUGGAAACCUUGCGACAGAACCAGGGAUCGACGGUGGAAAAUGUCAACGUGGAGCCCAAGCAACCUGUUAAAAAUCAAAGGUACCUACCAGAAGAAGUUGGCCAUUCUGAUAUGUCGGACUGUUCUAGCCGUACUACUUCCCACAAGGACCCUGAUAACAAUCAAAAGCAUCAUAAGUAUAAGGAACCCUUCAAAAAGAAGUCCAUGAUGGCCAAGUACCCGCGAGACUGCAGCGAGAUCGAGCUCUCUUAUCUUAAGGCCAAAGAAGGGUAUCAGCACCAUCGUGAGAAAGUGUACACUAUUGAUUCUGACAGAGAGUCUAAUUAUCACUCAGAUCACCAUCAUUACCGGGAAAGCAUGCCAAUUCCUGAAGACUUGGACUACCCCCCAGUGUAUCACAAUCAGAAUGAGAACUACAGGAAGCAGGAAGCAGUUCUGCACCUAAAUAGGACUCCUCAGCAUAAUGAGGACAAUGCUGAAAACAAAUACAGCCUGUACAAUAAGCAUUACAGCUUGAAGGAGAAAAAUAUUUCCCCGGUAGAGUACAGUGAUAGGUACAAGCAGCCCACUGUACACUGCCGAAGCUGCCUUUCCAAGCUGCCUAAUUACACCACACACUAUUCGGUCAGGUCUCCCUAUAACAGAUGCGAUGCCUGUGUACACACAGCAAACUUGUAUGACAUUAGUGAAGAUCACAUGUUACAAGAGCCAGUAAGCCCCAUGUGCCCCGAAGAAUCCUUUGCCCAUCAUUGGGCUCCUUCUGACGUCUCAAACAUGCAGAGGGUAAACAGACUCAGAAUUAGCAGGCAGCACUCCUUCGACAAUAUCCUUGAAAAGCCGAAGGAAGUGGAUCUCGGAAGACCUGCCCGGAGCGUGAGCCUGAAAGAAAAGGACAGAUUUCAGGAUGACCCUUAUGCGCACGUAUUCAGUAUUAAACCCGAGAAACUCUUUAGCACGAAGGUUUCCGUUUUUGACCACCACCUGGAAGAGAGCAAGCGGAGUAAGUCAUUGUAUCCAGACCAUGUCUCCGAGAAUCCAUUCUGGCACUCCUUCCGUGAAGAUCAGCAUCUGGUCCAUGGGCGAAGUUCUUCCGACAUAUAUAAACAGUCCGCUGCAUCAAAGGCAUGCUACGAUAAUCACUUUAGAUCAUCCAUUAAGUCGACAGCAUCUUACUGCUCCCGAGAUGGACGAGUUCCUAACGAUAUAUAGGGCUGACUGGCCUUUCCUACUAUCUGAUGGCAAAGGAGCAACAGAAAAGAGAUACAUGUUGAUGAUCAUACCAACUGGUUAGCUUUGCUGCAAAUGAAGACUCCAUAAAAUGACCUAGUGGAAUUAUUGUCUCCCUUUUACGGUGCAUUAAUCUGUAACAGACCACACUAGGCAGGCCAUUGAAUCUUAGGAGAACACUGGUUAUGUAAAGUAAGCAAGAAAUAGACGACAAGCUCAAUAUUACUGUGUAAAUGUAGGGAGUUGGCAACUAUGCUAUUAUAUGUAAUCCAGUUCUGUAACUGCUGAAAUGUUUCAAUUCAACUGUUUCCCAAAGUGAAACCCUGAGCUAAAGCAGCUAAUAGCAUACUUUAGAGAUUCUGAGAACAAAUGGGUCCUCUGGUAGAGUCAUAAUUUCUUUUCCUUAGAAAGUAAUCAAAAUCCAGAGUGCAUAGCUCAUCUUGUAUGGCCAACCUUCUCAACUGUGUGAAUGUAUCCUCGGGAAAAGCCCUUUAUGAACAUCAAUUGAAUAGAGUACUAUGAGGAUUCCAAUGUUAAGCAUAAUAUUCCUACAACACUAUAGCAGUCAUCACAUUGUGUAACAGUGCUACAAUCGUAAUAUUUUGAGACUUGUUUUCUAUUGUUCCACCUAGUAAUUUUUUCCAGCCUUUGUUGCUUACUCAAGUCUGUUCACUUGAAGAAGUUAUGGACCAGCAGUGAAAAGAUUAACUGCUGAGGAGCAACAGAAAUUUGCUAAUAAAAUGCAUGGCAUGAACGUUCAGGGAUUUUGCAUUAUAGAUUUUAAUAAAUUCGGGUAGCUGCAAAAUGUAAUUUAUAUGCUGUUAGCUUGGGGAUUCACUUCAACUGAAUUCUUUAACUCUUCCCCAGAUUUGAUAGACAUGAAUUGUGAGCAAAUCUGAUAGUCCAUCUCUUUGCAGUAUAUUCCCAUUGUAUUGUAUAUUUAUCAUGUAAACUUGAACUGAUUAUUUUUAAUAUGGCAAUGGGGGUAUAAAAUAUGCCCCUAAGGGCAACAAACAUUAGAAUGUCACCAUUAUAGAAAAGAGCAUAUAAUUAUUAAAAAUAGUAUAUGUAAGUAUCUUCAGUUAACUCUAGAUUUUUAACAGUGCUGAACUUUGCUGCUUGAUAAGUGAAAUAUGCCCACGGCUUUGAAUAAAAACUUCCAUAACUACCAGCACACUAUGGGCAUUUUGUAUGCUGAAAGGGCUGGAAUUUAUGACUUUGAGUACCAGUGAUAUGCUUAAUUUAGGGAAAAAUAUCAUUCGGCCAUUGAAUAUAUCCAUUUAAGGCUUAAAGGUACCUGUAUGUUGUUUUAUGAUGUUUUUCACAAUAUCAUGUGAAUAACGUAACAUAAAAAAGAUGAUUUCAGCAUAAAUAGUAUCUCUGAAAGUUAUCCCUUCCCCAUUUCAUUCCAAAAUACCAAGUUUUACUCUGAGGUCUCUAUGUUAAUUAUCUCAAAGGAACAUCUCAGCAAAAUGUUUAUCAAAAUAAAAUGUAUUAGGAAAGUAUUUUCAAUUACUAGUGGUAUAUACAGGAAUACAACAGUCAAUUGAUUAGAUUUGACUUCAAUAGAAAUGUUAUUUUACCACAGGAUGCCAGGUAAUUAAUUUCCAACCUGCCAGCAAACCCAGGAAAUGUUACUUGAAUGUGGAUGUCUUAAUUUAGGAGCAAAAUUAAUUCACUGGAAAUCACAUUAAGGUCUCUUAAACUUAGCACAGAAAAAAAAAUAAAUUAGAAAAAAAUUAAAUGAUAUUCUGUGAUUUUUAGGAAUAUAGUAAUCUCAGUGAUUGCUAACAGAGGUUUUAGCAGUUUCUUGCAAUACUGGUUUUAAUGAUCUUAAUCACUCCCGCUUAGUGAAACCGCUGAGUGGCCACAUUGAGUGAUCACUGCUGAGAGAGUCAUUACUCAGUGAAUAGUAUCUUCCCUAGAAAGCAGUUCAUGUGUUUACACUGAAAGAUAAUAUCAUCAUUGAUAUGAGAAUUUUAAAGCUCUAUUAAAGAUUCAAAUUUAAUUCUAGUACAUUCCCGAUUUCUUUUCUCUGACACCAGACUUGUGAGAAAGGUGUUAAAAAGGAGAGAGAAUACAAUUUUAACAAUGCUAUCAUGCUUUUUAAUAUAAUACUGCUUCCCACUCAUCACACAAUAUAAUUUCCAACAAUAAUGCAAGUUAUGUUGCAAAACAAAGUAGUAAGCUCCAUGAAACUUCCUCCAUUCCAUUUUAGCAACCUUCCUUGUAAACUGAAUCAUUGCUAGAAAUUGCAGCACGCCAAUCUUUUUAACAUGCAGGCUACAGGCAUAUAUAGAGAAUCAUUUGAUAAUGUCUUGUGCAUGAAAAGAAUACUACCAAUUGUUCAGGAAUUAUGACACUUUAAACUUGUUACAGAAGGAAUAGUCUCAUAUUAUGAUCACUAAACAUUUGACAUUACCAUGAAACCUGCCUCACAUAUAAUAACGUAUUAAAAUAGUUUUUAUUUUUUCCUCAAUGAAUAUAAUUUCAUGAUAGGAAUUAUCCAAGUCUCAGUCUCUUGAACUAGUGACCGAGUCAUUCGUUUUCCUUUAGAAACUGCUGUUUUUCAAAAAAUAAAAUCUCUGCUUUUUAAUGAUAUUCUUUUGUAAUAGAAUAAUCUCAUGUAGAAAAACAGCUGACAUUACUUAAGAAUAUCUUGAACAGUUGCCAGAUUACUCAAGAAAAGUUUGGCUUUGUACCACAAUAUGUGUAAAUUGGUUCUCAUGCAAAAAUAAGGAAAGACCUUUCAAAAGCUUGAUUAUUUUGCCAUUACCUGAACACUUUUUAUAUAAAGGCAUAAGUAAUAUUUCAGCUGUAAAUUGCAACAAGCUUGAUCUUUCUAUAACUGUAUUAUAGCAAUGAAUGUGAAAAAUGGUUACUAAAAUUAUAAACCAUCAUUUACAUAACCAAUCAAAUAAAACCCACUCUAUGGUAAUUAGCGCAGCUAAAAAUGUACGAAGUAUCGUACAUUUCUACUGCACAAUCCAAUUAGUAGUUUCUCAUCCCUAUCCGCGCCCAUUAAUGCUGGAUCUUCCACUUUAUAGAUAAGUCACAGUAGUAGAUUUCAAUAUAUAUUUAGCAGAAAAAUAUUGAUUGGUUUUAUUAUUAUUUCCCAUUGGUUAUUGCCUUAUUUAGCAUAGAAUGAUUUCUAAGGUUCAAGAAGUAACAUGAUAUUGUGGAAAUCCCAUUGCCACACACAGCAUGUUUAAUUCAGGUACAAUGGUGGCUGGCACUAAUUCAGUCCCUGGUUUGCAAAAUUGGUUUUCUUAGUCAAGGAAAUUAAGCUGUAACUCAACAUAAUCCAAAACAUAUUAUUGUUUUAAUGUCCAUGUCCUUUUUUUCAGUUUGUAACUGUUCUCUGUUCUAAUUGUGCCCCCUAAUUUUUUCUCUUGAAAUGAAGAGAUCUUAUGUUACCUUGAAAUUUGAUGUGGGUCAUAGUCAUGCAAGUGACAUAUUUUAGAUUGCACUAGAGAGGAAGUUACACAAAGUGAUUCAGUGAGAUAUUUGGCAAGGACAGAGCAUAAAUAAUUAUAAGAUGUAUAUUUUGCUAAACAGAGUGAAUUCAACUUAGUAUCCAAAAGUUUAGGUCUGAAAUGUUCUUUGGCUGUGUGCAUGUUGUCCUCAGUCAUAAAAUAUAUGUCAUGCUCAUCCAAUUAACAUUUAUGUGUAACUUGGACGUGAAAGCAUUGGACACACAUUUUGCCUUGCUAAACAUUCACAAUGAUAUUCUGUUUGAUUAUUGGUACUAAAGUAAUUUGAUUCCUGCCUAUUCCUUCAUUAGAUGAGAAAACACUAAUUAUUACUUUGUGGCAGUGUAGAUUUCAAACAUAUCUGCUAUCGAAGUCUGUAUUUACAUUUGUUUUGAUCUUUAUAUGAACUCUAACUGUAAUAUUUGCCAAGGUUGUCUUUAAAACUGUAAUAUGCGUUUUUUUUCUUUUCCAUUGUAGAUGUGUAGAAAUUACAAUUGGAAUGGAUUUUGAAUGUUCAAAGUGUUUACUGCUACAGCAUUUGAUGUAAAUAGGUUGUCAAUUGUGCCAGAAAAUCUGAUGUAAAAAUGUAAAUAAGUAAAAGUACCAUUUUUCUAAGGAAGACUAUUUCUGCCACUUUAUAUCAAAAUUAAAA